AUGAGCACUUUGUCCCCUGCCAGCGAGGGAGACAGCCCUGCCUGCUGGAGCCAGCCCGGUGGGAAGGCAUCCAAAGGAAGCUGGAAUGAGGAGAACCACGACAACUGGAGCGAGAGUGACAACAGGCACUGGAGCAAAGUGCCUGCCACGCUGCUGCUGCUGCUGUGCCUGUGUGGAAGUGGGAAUGGGGCUGUGCUCCUGCUCCUUGGCUUCCACAGCUGCAGGAACCCCACCCCCUGUGUGCUCAGCCUGGCCAUGGCUGGCUUCACCUUCCUGCUCUCCAUCGCUAUCGCCCUGGGGUUAUUUUCUGUCCCAGAGAGCUUCUGCCACCAGCUGGGCUCGUGGGGUGGGACAGCUGGGCUGAAGGUCGCCAUCCCCUUGGCUUUCACUGCCGCUGUCUCCUCUCUGACAGCCCCCAGUGCUGUGACAGCUCUGUUUGUCCUCCCCGUGUCCAGCUGGCCCUGCCACCGCUCCCAGUGCUUCCCGGUGCUCCUGUUUGCCCUGCUCUGGCUGCUCUCCUUCCUGCUCACUGUCAGCCUCUAUUUCUGCCCUUUGGCACUCAUGGCUUUGGUCCUGAGCUGCCUCUUCUCAGUGCUCACCCUGACCUGUUCUGCUCUGGCCCUGCUGGCCAGGCUCCUGUGCUGCUCAUGGAAACAGCCCAGGAAGCUCUGGGCCCUGCUCCUGCUGCUUCUUGUCUCCUUCCCCUUCUCCACUGCUGAUUUUGGGUUCUGGCUCUUGCUGAGGGUGUUUGACUUCUCUGUCGUUGCCCUCAGCACCUCUGUCCUGCUUGGCUGAGCCAACAGCAGUGCCCACCCUCUGAUUUACUUCCUGGCUGGGAGCUGUGCAAAGGAAUUCACCCCCUCUGUUAGUGUUGCUUUCCAGAGGGUUUUUGUGGAUGUGCCAGAGCCAGAGAAUAGGGACAACACAGUGGAACCGUCAGAGAGUCAUCAGAGUCAUCAUGAAAUAGAGCCAUAA